AUGAAUCAACCGAAUAGGAUAGAUUCCUGGUUAUUGCAAGAUGACGAGAAACCACUGACCAUCACUGAAGAUCCCAAGAUACCGAAUGCCGCUACUAUAUUACUUAGGAAGCAGGAUCAUACGUUGGGUAAUAUGAUAAGAGCCCAACUCCUCCUCGACCCCACAGUCCUUUUCGCAGGAUACAAAGUCCCCCACCCUCUAGAAAACGACAUCAUAAUCAAGAUACAGACCGACGAACGAUCCAACCCUGCCGACGCUCUGAAACGUGCUUGUCACCUAUUGAUCAGACAGACAGUUCAGAUAAAAUCGCAGUUCAUGGAACAAGCCAAAAACAUCGAAAUGGGUAUGGGUCCAGAUCAAUCUCUUGCGACGGCCCAAACCAACGGAUACGAUCCCUACACUGAUUCUUCCAGACAGGGUAAUACGAUUGUUGGUGGUCAAGUUAGGGAUACUAAUGCUGGUGGGGCAGAUGUAUAUGAUUUCUAG